GCCACCUCGUGCACACACAAUCCGCCACGGCCUUUGAAACGCUAUAUAAAGUGACAAAGCUGGCUCGCUCCGGUAUCUCGCUUCGGCUUCAAACUCGCGCCUUCCAGCCGCGUCGUGUAAUUCAAAAAGAAUCCAAGCGACACUUGUCACAAUCUCAUCGACGGCCAAUCAACUCAAGCGGCAAGAGGUGAUUAAGCGACCAAAGAAUUUAGUCAAACAUUAGAGUAAGAAGUAAUUAAAAUUUCAAAGACGCUUUCUCGAAAAUCACGCGCUUCAUUUCCGAGGAUGUCUCGUUUCAAGUCGCGCAUCGCCGAGACAUCAUUGAAUUGACAUAUCGACAGAUCCAAUUGCAUUGAUUUGACAUCAUCGAGAAGUACCACGCCGUAUCUACGUAUUCCUUCCCGAUACAAGUCAGAAAAAGAAGACAUACACAAUGAAGCAAUACAUUCUGUUACUUUGCGUCACAGCUGUUUUUCAGACUUCUGAAGCGCUACGUAAAGGGUCCACGGAUUAUGAAGAUAUGUCCUUCUGGCUGAAGUCCGGCCAAGAGACCCUACACAAGAUCCUGGCGCACCGGAACAACGAGAACCGUGCCAAGAACGUGAUCAUCUUCAUCGGGGACGGCAUGGGUUUGUCUAGCAUCACAUCCGGCCGAAUUUACAUAGGUCAGCUCAAUGGCCAGACCGGUGAGGAAUACCAACUCGAGUUUGAGAAGUUCCCCAACACCGGCUUAGCCAAGACUUACAAUGUGGAUAAACAAGUGCCUGAUUCCGCCGGAACGGCUACUGCAAUAUUUUCUGGUGUAAAAACCCGAUAUCAUGUUAUUGGAUUGGAUGGCAGAGCCGAAGAUAGUAAAUGCGAUAAGAAGAUCAAUGAAAUUAGCAAACUAUCCACUGUAGCUAAUUGGGCACAACAAUCCGGUAUGGAUACAGGAUUUGUUACCACCACUCGUGUCACUCACGCCACUCCCGCGGGACUUUACGCGCAUACUAACAGUCGAGAGUGGGAAUGCGAUACCUCGAUACCAAAGGAUCAGCGCAAUUGUGCCAAAGAUAUCGCCAGACAACUUAUUGAAGAUGAACCGGGAAAUCAAUUUAAGGUUAUCAUGGGUGGCGGUGCGCAAUAUUUGGGCGUGAACGCGAAACCAAUUGAUUCUGAUGCCUGUCUACGAUCUGAUGGUAGAAAUUUAAUAAAAGAAUGGCAAGCGAAUCAUACGAAAGGGAAAGCUGUCAACAAUACGCAGGAUCUCAUGUCUAUCGACAUUAACAACACGUCACACAUCCUCGGCAUUUUUUCGUCUGAUCACAUGCCCUAUCACGCUGUAAAAAGUGCCGAGACUCCUUCAUUAGCGAAUAUGACGACUCAGGCAAUAAGAUUGCUGAAGAAGAACAAAAAUGGAUUUUUACUAAUGGUUGAAAGCGGCAAGAUCGAUCUAGCUCAUCAUAGCAACUGGGCGAAACUAGCACUGCGCGAAUUGUACGAACUCGAGGAAGCGGUCAAGGUAGCUCUUCGACUUGUAAACUUAGAAGAGACAUUGAUCAUUGUCACAGCUGAUCAUUCGCAUUCCUUUACAUUGAAUGGAUAUCCCAUGAGAGGCAACGACAUUCUCGGUUUCGCCAACAAAUCUAAUUCUAAGAGUCCCUAUGAGACGCUCUCCUAUGCUAAUGGUCCAGGAUUCUUUUAUCAUCGGAGAAACGAUAGCGAGAACGUUAACGAGACCUGGAGAAACGUUGCUCAAGACCCGACUCACCAAAACAAUCCUUUUUAUAUGUAUUUUGCUGGCAAGUACCUGAAGGAUGAGAGUCAUGGCGGGGAAGACGUCGGAGUUUAUGCUAUCGGUCCUUACGCGCAUUUGUUCCGAGGUACUUUUGAGCAGAAUUAUAUCGCUCACGCCGUGGCAUAUGCGGCAUGUUUCAAAGAUUGGCCAUCUCAUUGCGACAACGCUUAUCAUCGCUAUUUUUACGAUGUCAAUAAAACACCAUUAAAUACCAGGUUUAAUUCAGCAGGACAAAACACUAUAUCGUCCAUAGCUCUGAUAGCCUUUUCGUUAACGAUGGUAUUUAUACGACUCUGAUAAACGAUACUACAUUACUUUUCAUAGUUCAAAAUGAAUGAUUUUAUGUCAUUGACAAAAAACUCCCAUUUGAUAAAUUAGUACAAAUAAUGUUUAUUUAACGAAUAUUAUCUUUUUUUACUAAAGAAUAUUUUAACUGUAAAUUUUAUUAAUAACGUAACGUGUGUGCUUUUAAUAAGUUAAAAGUUAAACUAAAUCGCAAUUGCGAUUAUCGUAUACGAUAUCAUCGUAAGUUACCUCGCUUAUUUCCCGCUUAUUUAGAUGUAAUUACAUUUUAAUAUAUGUUAACUUUCUCAUAAUUUUAUUUAUUGUAAUGUAAUUUAAGAUGCAAAUAAUGAUCAUGAUUUAAUUGAAUAAUACAGAUUAUAACGCAAUUUUGCGCAUUAUAACUCGAUAAUGCGGUAAUUAUUUUCAAAUAUCGCAGUGACGAAUUUUAUUCUUAAAUUGAAGACAUUUCUUAAAUAAAGAAAUUUGGAUUAUAUUAUAUUAGCCAUUAUAUCCUGAUAUAUACAUUUGCAACAUUUCAACAUUAUGUAAAAAGUAUGUAAAAAGUAUGUUUAAUAGCUAUUCUAUAUAAUUAUAAUAUGACAUAUGCCAAGUUUCGAGCAAAAAUA